AUGGCGUUGGUGAAUUCAUUUCUUCUCCCCACAAAAAGCCAUCUUGCUUUGCAUGUUUCAUCUCCACCAUCCAAAACAACAACACUCCUUUCUACUAACCCAUCUUCCAAUUCCAAUUUCAACUUCAACAAAGCCUUGUCAUCAAGAAGAAGGAAGCAAUCAUGGCAUGUUGCUGCUACUGCAGAUAUCAAAGCUGCAUCAACUUUACUUGACGGGGAAGAAGACCAGAAAGUUCUAGUGGAACCUUCUAGUGAGCAAGAACGCAAGGGUGAGAGAGAGGUUGCAGAUUAUGAUUGGACACAGGAAUGGUACCCAUUGUAUCUCACUAAGAAUGUACCGCAUGAUGCACCAUUGGGUCUCAAAGUGUAUGACAAGAACAUUGUGCUGUUUAGAGAUGCUAAUCAUCAGUUUCAAUGCUAUGAAGAUCGAUGUCCCCACAGGCUAGCAAAACUAUCAGAAGGCCAGUUGAUUGAUGGAAGGCUUGAAUGCCUGUAUCAUGGAUGGCAAUUCGAAGGCGAGGGAAAAUGUGUCAAGAUACCUCAGCUUCCAGCUGAUGCCAAAAUUCCCAAAUCAGCCUGUGUUAAAACAUAUGAGGUGAGGGACUCUCAAGGUGUUCUUUGGGUAUGGAUGUCUCCAAAGACACCUCCAAAUGCAAGUAAAAUACCUUGGUUUGAGAACUUUGCAAGGCCAGGAUUUCAAGAUAUUUCAACAACUCAUGAACUCCCAUAUGACCAUUCUAUUCUGCUGGAAAACUUGAUGGAUCCUGCUCAUGUUCCGAUCUCGCACGAUAGAACGGACUGGACUGCAAAAAGAGAAGAUGCACAGUCACUAGGUUUUGAGGUGACUGAACGAACUGAUAGAGGUUUUGCAGGUUGGUGGGGACGAGAGAAAGAUGGUUCUAAGCCUAACUUCUUACGGUUUGAAGCUCCUUGUGUUCUACAAAAUAACAGGGAAAUCGUUGAUAAAAAUGGUGAAAUAAACCACUUUAGUGGUUUGUUCCUUUGUAGACCAACAGGGCAAGGGAAAUCCAUGUUGAUAGUGAGGUUUGGAGCAACAAAAAGAUCUCCAUUAAUAAAACUGUUUCCCGAAUGGUACUUCCAUCAGAAUGCAAGCAAGGUUUUUGAACAAGACAUGGGAUUCUUAUCAUCUCAAAAUGAAAUUCUUUUGAAAGAGAAGGUUCCAACAAAAGAACUAUACCUGAAUUUAAAAUCAUCAGACACGUGGGUUGCUGAAUACCGAAAGUGGAUGGAUAAAGUGGGACACGGAAUGCCUUAUCAUUUCGGUCACAGCACUAUUUCAUUGCCUAAAGAGCCUGCUGUGGUUGAACAUGCACCUGCCGGACUUGUUGCAGGACAAUCAGCUUCCUCGCCUGCAAAGGGAGGCAUUGGAACUAUGCAUGCUCCAAAUUUAGCAAAUAGAUAUUUCAGACAUGUAAUACAUUGUAAAGGAUGUAGUACCGCUGUCAAAGCUUUUCAAACUUGGAAAAACGUCCUUUCUGCUGUGGUUGUUGCAUUAGCUGCAUUGGCAAUUCUGGUAUCUGGGAAACAAUGGAAAGUCCUCUUGUUAGCAUCUGCAUCCUUGUGCUCUGUUGGAGUAUAUGCUUGUUCAACAGCUAUUGCAAUGAAUACAACAAACUUUAUUAGGGUACAUAGGAGAUUGUGA